AUGAGGAUGUGUGACCGAGGCGUCCAGAUGCUGAUCACCACCGUGGGCGCCUUCGCAGCCUUCAGUCUCAUGACCAUCGCGGUGGGCACGGACUACUGGCUGUACUCCCGCGGCGUGUGCAGGACUAAGGCCACGAGUGACAAUGAGACCAGCCGGAAGAACGAGGAGGUGAUGACCCACUCGGGCUUGUGGAGAACGUGCUGCCUGGAAGGAACAUUCCGAGGAGUGUGUAAAAAAAUCGAUCAUUUCCCGGAAGAUGCGGAUUAUGAGCAAGACACGUCCGAGUACCUCCUACGUGCCGUGAGAGCAUCCAGCAUCUUCCCCAUCCUGAGCGUGGCCUUGUUGUUCUUUGGGGGCCUGUGUGUGGCCGCCAGCGAAUUCUACAAGAGCAAACACAACGUGAUUCUCAGCGCUGGGAUCUUCUUUGUCUCUGCAGGUCUCAGUAACAUAAUUGGGAUUAUAGUCUAUAUCUCGGCGAACGCUGGGGACCCGGGGCAGAGCGACUCCAAGAAGAGCUACUCGUACGGCUGGUCCUUUUACUUUGGCGCCUUGUCCUUCAUCAUCGCCGAGAUGGUGGGGGUGAUCGCUGUGCACAUGUACAUCGAGAAGCACCGCCAGCUCCGCGCCAAGUCCCACUCUGAGCUCCUGAAGAAGUCGGCCUUUUCUCGCCUCCCCACCUACCGGUACCGGUUCCGCAGGCGAUCCAGCUCCCGCUCCACGGAGCCCAGGUCCAGGGAUCUGUCUCCUGUCAGCAAAGGGUUCAGCACCAUCCCCUCCACCGACAUCUCCCUGUUCACCCUCUCCAGGGAUCCUUCCAAGGUGACCAUGGGGACGCUGCUCAACUCGGAGCGGGAUCACACUUUUUUACAGAUCCAUAAUUCCAUCCCCAAAGAGUUCAAGGAGUCAUUGCACAACAACCCAGCCAACAGACGAACCACACCAGUCUGA